AUGAAAGAAUCAGCUCCCUUCUGUUUAUUUCAAAUAUUAUUUGUAUUUCUUCGACAAAUGUCUCAAACUCAAGAAUCCAAAGAACAAAUGUUAGAUUAUUGUAAAAGUUGUUCUAAAGAGGAUAAAGCUGAAUUAAAGAAAAUUAAAGAUUUUCGUAACACAUAUGAUCGUAAAAAAGCAGUAGAGUGGUAUACCAAAGACUCUUUUAUUUAUCGUCUAGUUAACAGAGCCUUGACAAGAGAACCUAUUUAUGCUUUGUAUUUACUUCGAUUUUAUAUUACUGAUUUAUAUUUAGAAAUUGAAGGAACGAAAUCGACGAGGUCAACAGAAACUACCUAUCGUGGACAGAUAAUAUCAAAAGAAGAAAUCGAUAUGUUAAAUGAUAAUUCUAAAAAUGUAAUUUCAGUAAGUAGUUUCUUCUCAACAACACGUAACCCUCUGGUUACCAAACGAAUGAUAGAAGAAGUAGCGAAUACAGAAAAUCUGGUCUGUGUUUUAUUUGAAAUUGAAGUUAAUCAUAAAAUGAAACCAAACGUUUGCAUUGAUAUUCACAAAUAUUUGGGGAUAACAUCAGAAGAAUCUGAAGUUCUCUUCAAUCUUGGUACGGUAUUCAAAAUUAAAUCAGUUGCAUUUGAUGAUGAAAUUGCAGCUUGGAAAGUCAAUAUGGUGACAACAAAUGGGAUAUUAGAUUUUCAAGAUUAUCUUAAGGCAUAUAAAACUGAAAUAACAAAUAUCAACGAAUUGUUUGGUAGUUUUUUUCGUGCGAUAGGUGGACAUACUACAGCAGAACAAUACUUUCAAUUAAUGUUAAAAAAUACCGAUAGGUCACAGGAAGCUACUGAUAUAUAUGAUAAUAUAGGAGAUAUCAAACUGGAGAUAAUGCAAUUAUUAAGUGCAUUAAAACAUUACAAAAGUGCAUAUGAAAUUCGAAAGUAA